AUGCGACUCCAGCGCGUUGUACGGGUGGAACUGCAGCGCCGACCCCUUCACCUCGCCCACGUCGGCGUCCAAGAAGAGGUGCACGGCGGGAGCAGCCCCGCGCUGCACCACGCCGUAGGCGUAGAACACGGGGUUAAAGGGCACCUCCGAGCCCCGCAGGUUGGUCAGCCAAGCAACCUCGUCCAGCGCCGAGAGCACCACGGCGUCGCACUUCUGCCGCUCCAUCUCCUUCACCAACGCCGCCACCUUUUCCUCGCAACAGAGGCCGCAGAACUCGUCCGGACGGGCGUAUAUUUUUGCGGGGGGGCGCUCCACCGGCGGCAUCAGCGGCUGCACCAGAUCCGGCACGGAGAGCAGGUUGAUCGUCUUGCGUCGCCGCUCCCACUCGGCUACAGUCGCCAGGCAACUGUUCAUCCCCACCGGCGCGGCGGAGCCGAGAUUCAACUCAAUCCAGGCCUCCAGCGUUGGCACACCCGGGUGACCGUCCUUCAUCAGCGUCCACUCCGGGUAAAGGGUUUGCGAGGCCUCAAGCCAAUAGCGGCCGUCCGUCCAGAGGUAGGCCUCGGCCAUAGUCACAAGGCACGUGCCAGCGCUUCCCUUAAAGUUUGUGAUGUAGGCGCGGCACUUGUACUCCUCUUUCACGUACUCGCUGUUGUGAGGGUCACUGGAGGGGACAAUGAGGGCGCUGAGGGAGUGCUGCCGCAUCGCCUCACGCAAUGCCGUUAG